UCAUCCGUGGGUUACUGGUAAAUCUCCAUCUAUCUGUGGUAGCAAGCAAGGAGCCGCUUACGGGCUGGGCUGGUUCAGGAGUCAGUCAGUGCUGUAGCUUAGCCGUGCGCCGUAUCCCAAUCCCCCGCUGUUACCGGUAUCCGUCCCAGCAUCUCAAACUAGAGAGAAUAAAUCCUUGUUGCGGCUACCCAAGGCAAACGUUAAUGGCAACAAUAACCAGGAAAGGACGGCCCCAACCUCUUUGUACGCUUCAUUGCCGAUCCAGAGAUACUGGCAUUGUUCCACCAUGAGGCCGGCCCAAAAAUCGAAGCGGCUGAAACGAUAUGAACAACACCCCAAGGGCAAAAAGCAAAUACCCGUAUCAUCACCUCUCGAGCAAAGACAAUCUGACUCCAGAGGUUCGUCGCAUGAUAACGAUAGUAGUAGUAGUCGGAGUGAUAGUGAUUCCAUGAACAUGACGACCACCACCACUGGAAGGAGAGAACGUCUCUACGGUCGUACUGGUCGACCGGCCAAAGCCAGUGUCCCCUCGCAGCGAUCAGAAUCCAGAACAAGACGGCGUAAGGAGGAGCCACCAUCACAGAAGGAACAUCAGGUUAUCGAAGAUGAAAUUGACAAUGAUGAAGACACUCUGAUAACAAGAAAUAGCCAAGCAGACACACGACAAUACAGUCCACCACAACAACAGCACCGCCAUCAGGACGACGACGGUGACGAAACCGCACAUGUCAGUAUGAGUGAAUUCUCCACGUCUCUCAAUGACCGAAGACGGCAAAGAGCAAGACGAAAGGUGCAGAACUCGCUCCGCGACCGGCGGCAACAACUUGCAAAAGAGGGCGAUUGUGCAGAAGACGAGACGAUUAUAUCGAACCUGACUGGCGACUCGACGGAAGCAUCAUCACUGCAGCAUCGCAUACGAAAACGAGCAAAGCAACAAGUUAGUCGAGUCCACGUGCGGACUCGAGGAGAGAGGCAUAACAACAAUAGCAGUACACCAAAACAAGACCAAGAUGACAAACUCUGGGAAAAGGGCGUGGGGGAAAGUCACCGGGGUGGACGAGACGACGAUGAGAGUCUUGCAACUGCUAGCUCGACGAGCACUCUGCAAGAUCGUGUACGUAGACGAACGCGGCGACUGCAAGAACGAGGCACUGUUCGAUCGCAUCGCCCGUUUCUGAGCCAGGAUGGCUCCACCAAAGACUACCGUGACGACGACGAACACGACCUUUCAUUCACGAUGGAUGACUUUGACGAGGAAGAUGAUGUGGAUGAAGCGGAGGAAAGCCACAUAAGAACAGCAGCUUCCCUCACAGAAGAUUCCACAGUUGUUCAUUCAGAAAGUGUGGGGCAAGUAUUAGAGUCAGCGCCCAUAGAUCUCAGUGUAGCUCUGUCGACGGAAAAUGGAUCCAAGGAUGACAGUCGGUUGCAGGAUCGAUACGAAAUCAAACGUGGCCAUCGAAUACAUUCGCGAUCCCCUCACAAAGACAUACGUGCCCAUCAGUCUACAUCCAAUGGUUCGUCCCAACACUCGGACAGGCAGCAGCCAAGGUCUCAGUCAAGAUCCCGGCGCUCCCCGAAGAAGGAGCGACAGCACCCCACGGCCCCUCCUUCAUCUCAAAAGAAGAGACAACAACAUUCCACUUCCCAUCAUCCAUCUUCUCAGAAAGAGAGACAGAAUUCCGUGUCCCAUCCGUCUCAUAAAGCGAGACAGCAUUCGUCGUCCCGUCAACCUUCGGACAAAGACAAAAAACCUCCUUCCCGGCUUCCUCCGCCCACAAAAAGACAGUGUUCCUUGUCCCAGUCGUCUUUACAACAAGAAAAACAAGGGUCCCAUCAGUUGCCUCAAAGAGAGAGACAGCAGCAAUCCAAACAUGAUCAUUCUUCUGACAGAGUUCCUUCGAGUAAAAGACCUCUCUCACCGCCGGGAUUGAAGGCUGUGGCAACAACCCCGGUGAACCGAACACGCUUUGACGAAGAGUCUGAACCACAAAACGGGGGCUCGGAAAACCUGAGUAGUAUUCUGGCUCGAGUUGACGACGUGAUUGGAAGUGAUGAAGAUGAUGACGACAACGAUGAUGGCGACGAUGAGGAUGACUGCGACACAGUAGUACAGUUGAAGGAACCACGUGACGAAGAUUGCAUCCUAUCCGUAGAACCAGCUUCCGUUGCUGGUACCGCUACUGAUGUGAAACGUUCUAAAGGUUACAUCAUCAAUGAGUCACGGGGGACGAUUGUGGACCAGUUUGUCGAGGGGAGCACCAGUAGUCAACAAACCAAAUCAAAGGGUUCUGGGUCAGGUAUUACUACGUCUGCGCCAAGCAAAGGAGAGGAGAUCAAGAGGAAAAAGAAAAGGGGAUCAGAUCGGCUAGCGUGCAACUUUUCGGUAGAGCCAUUAUCGCCCAUGAGCGAAGUGAGUCGAAUCUCUCCACGGCCAGCGAAUGCUAACAAUAAUACCGGUGCUCAUGGUAUCAUGGCCAUGUUGGAACAGUAUCUUCCAGAUGAUCUGAGCGAGGGUCCCUUGAAUUCUGUGUUUGAUCAGUACAUACCCACCUUUACGAGUGUGGAUGGCAGUACAUUUGACCAUUUUUCCAAGGUGUCCUCGACUAGUACGUCGCACCCUCUCCGCUUCGUCAACGAACUGGCAUUGACAGAGGAGUCGUACGAUCCCGCUGGAGAUGAGAAAAAGAAAGAACGCAAGUCCAAAACUCCCAAAGCAUCUGAACAAAACGGACCUUCGGAGCGCGGAAACUCUAGUUCUAUGCAGCAGGACAGCAACGGCUCAAGCGGCAUGACCCAAGAUAAGGGCUCAGAGCCUGGUCCUCGGAGUUUGGAUACUCAAGUCACGAACCAAGCAGAAUCGUAUUCCAAGCGAGCUUCCGAUUUGAGCGAGGAGGGCAUCGAGGUUACCGAAACAGAAACAUCCUUGGUUGUUGAGCCCCCUUCAGCAGAACAACUUUGUGAAGAAUCAGCACCGACUGAGGCAGAGCUUCCGCCAGAGCAAUUUGUGAACAAUUUACGAAAGAUUCUCUUCUCCACAACGAUCCAGGUGGUAUCACCCAAAUAUCGAGGCUGGAAGCCAGAAGAGCUCGAGGUAAUCCUAGUGGAAAGCCCCCAAAGCACCAAUCUGGGCACUAUACCAACUGCUGUAACGGAGACCAGUUCUCAUUCCAGCUACGAACGAGAUUUGGAGAACUUGCAAAUCGAGAAAGCCGAGAACUACAGUGUUUCGACGACACCAGUUUCCGCCGAUGCAAGCUCCAGCUAUUCUUCUAUUCCUCCGAUCACAGCCACCCUAUCUUAUGACUCAGAGGAUCCAAUUCCGGCUCCACCUGAUGGAGUCUCGGCUGCAUCUGACGAAGAUGAGGACUCGCAUUUUGAUGACUAUGAACCUACACCUCGAGCCGCUCAACAUGACCAAAGAUCGCAUUCGAAACCGCUUGAACCAGUUGUCUUGUCUAUGAACGUCCGGUCGAAGCCGUCUCAUUUCUUCCAUGAGACCCCUUCAUCUGCACAAGGCGAGCUGCGGAUGAAACUGGAUGAAAUUCACGGUAACAAGGCGGCGUUGAAGAAUCAACAACUGGAAACAGCUUUGACUCUGCUUGCAACGGAAAAUACCUCAGGACACACGCAGCGUCUCAUUCGACGUACCAGAAGCGAAGAUGUACCUUGCAGCCAUCAAGCUGCCCCAUUCCACGAUACAAUUCUAGAGCAAAUAGACCUUCCACCUGUGGAUGAGUGUUCUGAUCAUGCUUUCGGCAAAUGCGAUCAAGCGGACAACAAGGAAAAUCAGUUUUCUUCUCCGGACCUUAUGUGGCAAUCGACGCACGAAAGCAUUCGCCAGUUGAAAGAAACGAGUUCUUCGCAACGCCAACUACUAACGAGAUUGGUCGCGGAAAGAAAUGGGGCAAAUGCCACCGCCUCCACGGCAAAGUAUAAAUUGACAGCAUGCUCCGGUCUUCUUUCCAGCAAGGACCACGAAAUUGAAGGUUUGCGACGUGCGAAUAGGAUCCUGCGAGUACAAGUGGCACAAGUAAAGACCACUAAAAUUACCCCAGAAGUGGCACCCGAGAAUCACAAUCAAGUGAAACAGUUGACUGAAAAGCUACAUGAACUAGAUGCAAACGGAGUUGUGGUGGACCAGGAGCAACUGGAUCGAGAGGCCAAAGAGAAUGUUGCUUCACGACUCUACAGGUCGGAACGCAACGUUUCAUCUGAGUUCCUUGAAAUCGAUCACUGCAUAUUCGAGCUGAAAUGCAACGAGGUUACCACUCUCCAGGUCAGUCAAGUGCACGAGGCUCCAUUUCAAGAUCGUGACGACAAGAGAGACGACGACGAUUCCUCGACGAGCGCAGACCACGAAAUUCAUGCUGCUAUCGAAAAGAUUGUUGCCAAUGAAACCGCCUUCCUCCAGGAAAAGGUGGCUUCUUUGGAGGAGCAACUAGCCAUACGUUCCGAAACGCACGACCGAAGAAUACCACCCCAAGAACCGGAUGGUGAUUCCCCCGAGCAUUCCGUGAGCAUCUCUUCGAAGCAGCAUGAUCGUGAUGGAAAUGUCGUUGGCAUGGCGAUGACUCCGGGGGGUUCUGAUCCAAGCCUCCUAGAAGGAGUCUCCAGGCGGCUCGAAAAAGCAAUUCAUGCCCUCAAGGAGUUGUCCACCGAAAAAGAGGUUCUGAAGCAAGAACUUCGAGCAUCUCGGGGAGAGUGUCAGGGUUACAAAGAGAAACUGGCGCUCAAAGAAGAAGAGAUUCUGUCGCUCAAGGAGAGUUCGGCGAAGGCUCUGGAUCAUUCCGAGAGGCAGCUCCAGUAUUACAAGCAGAAUGCGCUUUCAAUAGAAGAGAAAUCAGUCACUUCUGAUGAUACUAAGCAUGAAAGAAAGUCAAUGCGCAACCUCGUCGACUCUCUUCAAAAGGACUACGCUGAAGCGGAGCGGCGUCGAGUGGAAGCGACUUCAAAGUAUGAAGCAGUUGAUUUGGAACUGAAGCGGACAAAACGUGAUCUGGAGAGCAAAAUCCUUGAUAAUGACGAUCUUUUAAAGAAGACUGAACAGCUCUUUUCGGCCAAAUUAGAAAGCGACGAGAAGAUACUGCUGAUUGAGGGCCAUCGAUCAAGUAACGAGAAACGAACCAACGAUGAUGAAUUCCUCAAGCAUUACAAGCGCAGCGUCGCUAAACUCGAGCAAGAGAUCUCAAUGCUGCGGGAGAGCGAAAAAGAAUCAGCUGAAAAGACUCGAGUCGAGAUUUGUUCCCUACGUGGGCUCGUCGAGCAGCUUCGACGGGACUACAGCGAGGCAAAGCAUGCGAGUGAUGGAGCAACAGAAAAGGUGAGGGACGUGGAGAGCCAACGCAACCAUCUCAAGCUUGAAUUGCAGAACAGCAAACUGGAGAAUCAAGACAUUGCUGCCAAGGCCAAACAGUUACACGCAGAGAAGGAAGCCUUGGAAACGAAGAUAGCUUCGUUGGAGACGAAAGCAGCCCAAUUGAAGUUGGAAACGAAGAGGAAAUCUUUGCAGAGUGAUGGGGAUAUCGAACUAUUCAAGCUAAGUGUCCAAAAACUCGAAAAUGAGCUGGCAACUCUGAAGGAACACGAAAUGGUUAAGACGGAGAAAGCUUCGAACGAGGUUUCUUCCUUAAAGAGUGAAAUAGUGCAUCUUCAGGACGAACUCAGCGUCGUCUCAAAGGAUAGGGACGCGACCGCCUCUGAGCUAAAGGCGCUGUCAGACAAAUUGUCACAGAUCUCACAAGAUCUCGACAAGAGCCGGGAAGAGAAGCAGAGGCUAGAGCGUGACCUGGAAAAGGCGAGGCGCGAGAAAGAACGGCUCUCUUGCGAAGUCCAGCAACUUCUCGUGACGAAAGAGGACUUUGAGGGGCGUCUCGCCACUCUUCGAUCCGCUUUGACUUCUACUCACGAUGACAGAAAGAGAUUCAUCGAAGAAAACAAGCUAUCCAUAGAGCAGUACAGGACUCAAAUCAAAGGACUCGAAGCAAGUGUCAAGACUAUGAACGAUCGCCACGCACAGGCUGUUGAGGAAACUCAAAGGGUAUCAGCCGCCCACCAAGAAUGCAUGUCAAGUUUGCGAAAGGAGCUUGAAAGCGACAGAAUUGCGCUGGAAGAAUCCCGACAAAUGGUCGCCUCAAAGGAGGAGACCAUUCAGGAAUGCCGAAAACGCAUGGACGAGGACGCAGAGAAGGCGACAAUGAUGAUUGAUUCGAAAGAAAAACGCAUUUUGGAACUUCAAAAGGAUGUGUUCCGAGUUGAAGGAGAGCGAGACGCGAUCUCGUCAACUUGCGACGCCGUUACAUUUGAACUCGAACGCGCCAAGCUCGAUUUGGAGAGCCGAAUCUUGGACAACACGGAGCUGUCGUUGAGAGUAGAGCAGCUGUUCGCCGCCAAGGAGGAGUGCGAAGAGAAGAUCGCUUCGUUGGAGGGUUGUGCUGCCAGCAAGACCUCAAUAGAAAAUCAUGUUGAUGGCACCGAAUGGUCCAACAACAAGGAGGAGGCAUUCUUUAUGGCAAAGAUGAGAAUUUCAACGCUACAAAGUGAGGUCGAGGAGCUCCGUGAACAAGCCAAGGCCAAGGAAGACGAUGCAUUUUCAGACUACCACAUUUCAGAUGAUGUAUACAAGCUGAACCGAGAAAAGCAGGAGGCUGCCGCCAAGUGCGCUUACCUCUCCAAAGAAAACGAGAAUAUAUCUGCCAUGCUGGAAGUCACGCGAAAUGACUUGAGCCAAAGCAUUAUUGAAAUCGCAAGACUUGAAAUGGACCUAGACGAUGCUUCGAAGGGACUUGGAAGCCUAUCAGCAUCAAAGUCGUACGACUCCGAGAAGACAGAGAGCAUCUCAUUUUUAUCCAAGCAGAACGAUGAGCUCUCCAAGAAAUUGGAGCUCGCACUCGCGGAGAACAAAGCUUCAAGGUCCAAAGCCGAAAAUGUGGAGAAUCAAUCCAAUGCCAAGUUCAACCAAGACAACGAACUGCUAAUGGGUAGAAUAAGACUGUUGGAAUCGGGAUCGCGGGAAAUGAAAGAAUCUUGCUUACAACUCAAAAAAGACAAGCAGGAUCUACUCGGCAGAAUCAGGACCUUAGAAAAGGAAGCCCUCAAAAAGGCAAAGGAAGAUCUGGCAACAGUCUCCGAGAAACGGGCUCUCAUGGACGAAAUUCGGCGCCUCGAGGAGUCGCAGAUCACUGCCAAUGCGAAGAUAUCAAGUCAAAAAGCAUCCCUCGAAGCUGCCAGAGCCGAAGCAGAAAGAGCAAAGGAGAGUCUCUUUUCACCAUCAGAAAAGCGGGCACUCAUGGAUGAAAUUCGGCGCCUCGAGGAGUCGCAGAUCAGUGCGAAUGCCAAGAUAUCUAGCCAAAAGGCAUCCAUCGAUGCUGCCAGAACUGAAGCAGAAGAAAGAGCAAAGGAAAGUCUCUUUUCUGCAUCAGAGAAGCGGGCUCUUAUGGACGAAAUUCGCCGUCUAGAGGAACUUCAAAUAUCUUCCCACACAAAGAUAUCCAAUCAACAUGCAUCCCUAGACGCUGCUAGAACUGAAGUCUCAGAACUGAAAUGUGAGCUUCUUAGGAAGCAUGCCCUAGAGGCAACCCUGCACUCUCACAAAGAAGAGGCAACGCGUCUUCGAAGCCGUCUUUCAGCGUUGGAAAAGGAAUUGCAGUCAUCUGAAGAGUUAAGCAGGGAAACGCUUGAGAAGCUGCAGUGCGAGGAACAAGAAAAGCAAGUUAUCACCGCGGACCUGAAGCGUGUUGAAAGGAAAAUUGCCACUGCCGAGACAGAGGCGAGUCACCUAAAACUACAGAUUUCAGAUAUGGAGAAAAAGCUCUGUAGCACAGAAGACUCUUUCAAUGGCGCCAUGGGAAAACUUAAGGCCGAAGAGACCGAGCGUGAAAAACUCUCUGUGAAGUGUCAGCUUGUUGAAGCAGAACUUGCCGAAAAGGACAAGGAAAUAGACGCAGCGAAAGCAGACGUCAUGGGUCUUCGAUCUGAGAUAGAGGGUCUUCGUGCGGGGCUUCGGGUCAAAGCAAGAGAAAAGGCCCAGAAACACCACGACGAGGUUAGCGAGGAACGACGAUACAAAGUACAGCUGAAGAAGGCUGAGGACAAAAUUAGAAGCUUAACCACCGCGCUUGCUGAAUCUCGGGAACAGGAGGCUUCCAUGCGCCGAGAAAUGGACUGGGCUCAAGAACGUGACAGGGAUGAACUUCUUUUGCUACGAGAACACGUAUCCACUUUGCAAACUGAUAUUUUGGCUGUGGAAGAAGAACGCAAGCGGAUCAUUAAGGACAACCGAACACUCCUGUCAAAACACCAAAGCGAUCUCCAGGAGAAGGAGAUAGAGUUGGAACAGAUUCGAGACAACUACAGCAAGACUUUCAAUGAAUUGGACUCCUCUCAAGGACGCAAAGAUACCACCGUGGAAGCAGAAAACGCCGAAGGAUUCGGGAACUCCAACAGAACAGAGGGCGGAAGUACUUCCGCGAAGCAAAACGACGCAGUUGACGAAGAGAGCCACUUCUUGUCGUCUCAACUCAACGAAACGGUAGCGACACUGGAAAAGAACAAAGCCCGCAUCAAUCAACUUGAAGCCUAUCUAACUAAAACACUCACUGAGCAAGACAGUUAUGUCAACCAAAUUCACAUGCUGCAAGACGAGUUGGCUAAUAUGCAGAACGCGAAGAGAGAUGCAGAAAUGCCAGCAGAUUCAAGUCUUCGACACAGCGAUGACGACAAGGACAGCCACGCAGGUCGCAUUACUGAGCUCGAAUGUAACCUUGAAAAGGUCGCAUCUGAAAAACAGAAACAUGCUCAUGAAAUUGAAGAGCUUCGACAAGAGCUGUCAACUCUAAAAGAUAAGAGCAGCGCAGGAACUCCACUGAAGACGGAAAGCGCACCGAAACGAACAGAGAAACCUGUCGCUGCCGCGGCACCGAUUCCAGCAAUCAUACAGCCAAAAGUGGAUAGCACAUCUAUCUCUAUGCUCGAGCCCGACGAAGACCACUCACUCUGUGAUGGCACACGUCCAACGUUAGGAGACAUGAGCGUCAGCAGCAACGUUGCAAUGAGUGUAGCGAGUAGUUUCGCAACUCCUGAUAUCGUUGAAAAACACACCAUGUACGCCAAGAAGGUCAACAAGCAACUAGGCCUUGCUUCUGAGAGAGAAGCCGAAGUGUCAAGAACAGUCGAACGGAAACUGAACCUUUUGAUGAAGGAAAUAUCAAAGCUUUGUGGGCCAGACGUAACUCGCUCAUUGCUCGACGACACGUCUGCUCUCAGUGGAAGUGUCGACUUCUUCCUCUCGGCAACCGACCCUAUGACUCUUGAGUUCGACCUCGAAUGUCGUCUUGCAGAUGUUACUCAAAUGGCUACUAUGCUAGAUGUGUUGCUUGCAGACAAAAAGAAAAUCGAACACAAGAUGAAGGCACUCUAUCAAACUAAUGCUGACUAUGUGAAAGAGGCCAAAGCCAUCAUUGCAGAAAAGAGCGUUGUUUUAAGGCGACAAGGAGAAGUGAUAGACACGCUGACCGAGGAACUGGUCGUUCUGCAGCAACGAGACAAGCUUGAAUCACGCACUUUGAUAAGUGAGAUUUCGCUCCUCAAAGAGAACCUUUCCCAUCUUCAAGUGCAGUUUGAAAAAGACGACGUGGUGAAGGUACAAGCAGAGAAUCGUCUCGAAGUUGCUCUUAGAGAGCACAAGUCGCUAGAAGUGGGCUUAAGGCAAAACCAUCGCGAGAGACACCAUUGUCAAAAGCGGCUGCCGAGAUUUCACCGCGACCUCGAGGCGUUUCAGAACAAGAUGGAGGAAAGGAUUAGCAAACUAAAGAAUGCAGACAGCAGCUCUGAAGAGGACGAUACAGAUCUGAUCAAGAGCGCAAACUGCCUGAAGAGCGCUGUGGAGGAUGUUCUAUCUUACUACAGCAAAGAACGAUGGGAGCUUCGGGUGCAAACCAUCCGAAGCUCGUGUUCUGACUCGGGUGAGCCAGAAUACUUCAUUACUCUACACGACGACGACUACAAGGUUGCAACACAGAACAAGACUCCCAGUACAGAUGCGAAGAGUUCUAUUCCAAGCACAGAUGCGAGAAGUAAGGCGGCCAUAAUUGCCAAAGCCAAUUCACAGCAGCGGUUUGUGUGCUAGCUAGCUCUCCACUUGACUUGGGGAUGCAAAGCGCCACAGCCGCCGAUUAAAAAUUUACAAUGCCAAAAAUGACAGUCUCGGGGGUGCACGCCCUGACCUGGCAAACAUCAACUUGUAACAUACUAUAGUAGAUAUUAUCAU